AUGAUUGACUUACUUUAGGAGCUUUAUAUUCUUACUGAUAUAGAUCAAUCAAAAAUGUAUCAAAAUCAAGAAAAUAAGGAUUCAUAAACCAUUUAAAAAGGUGAUAAGUAUAUUGAUGAGAAUACUAUAAUUAACGAAAAAAUGAAUGAACAAUUUUAAAAACCUUUAAACGAAUGUUUUAGUCAAAUAAAAAUAUGUAUCCGCUAGAUUAAAAUUCUUACUUCAUAAUAUUAAAAUGCUACUUUAUAGAAACACGAAAUUGAAAUUUCAUAAAAAAUGGAUUAAACAGUACAGAAUUUAACACAAACACAGCAAUAAGUUAAAAAAAUUUUUGACGACUUUGAAAAAGUAUUAGAAGUGGAAAAAUAAACAUAACCUGAUGAGCCUGAAACAAGAAUGAUGUAAGUGUAAUAUGGAAUAUAUUGGGAAGAAUUUUCUGAAAUUUUAAAAAAAGUUAAUGAAGCCAAACUAUAUUAUUAAGAUAUGAUAAAACAGAGAGCUUUGAGGUAAGCUCAGUUAUUAAAUAAUAAAAUUACUGAAGAAGAAUUAGAAUAAAUAAUGAAAAACCCAUUGAAUAGCAGUGAAUAAUAAAUUUAUUAACAAAUGCUCAAAAUGCCAAGUGCAUAAUUUAAAACUUACGUUAAUGAUGUCUAAGAAAAAUAUUCUCACAUUUUGGCUCUUUAAAAAAGUAUAAUUAAAAUGCAUGAAUUGGUGAAUCAGGUAUCAAUGCUAGUGUUCAAGUAGGGAAAAGUUAUUAACGAUAUAACAGAAUAUAUCUCUUAAGCAUUAAAUUAUAAUGAAAAAGCUGUAAAGGUAUUAGAAAAAGAAAAAGUUAAUCAAAAAUAAAAUAGGAAAAGUUUCCACUAACCAAUAGUUUAUAGAUUUGCUCAUUAUGAUCCAUAUUACAUAUUAGGAGUUGAUAGAAGAGCAGAGUUCUCAGAUAUAAAAAAGGCUUAUUUUAAAUUAAUUGCGUAAUAUCACCCUGAUAGAAAUCCUUCUCCAGACGCUACAAAAAAGUUUGUACUUAUCAAGGAUGCAUUCGAAGAUGUAAAAAGAUAAUUAGGUUAAGAAGUAAAAAUGACAUAUGAGUCAUAAAGAGGUUCAAAAUCAAGUGAGUUUUAAUCAGUAAGACCAGAUACAAAUAGAUAUAAGGAGGACUUCGAAAAUGAAUAAGAGAGCAGUGAAAGUGGACAAUAAUAAAAAUAUGGAAAAUUUGAUUUCAGAGAAUAUGCCUCUCGUACACCAGAAGGGGAGGAAUUUGAUAAAUUUAGGGAUUCUUUUGAAAAUAUAGCAGAUAUUGAAGAUAAAACAUUUACACCAAUUGAUGCUGAUAUUCCUGAUGCUUCAAAAAGAUUUAAGUUAGAAGAGAAAAUAUAAAAAAAUACUUUUUUACCAGAGGACUCUAAAGUCAUGUUUAUGGUUUUACUUACAAUAUUUUUAGCCUUUGUUGUUUAUAUGUCUUCAGCAAAUUCAAAAUCUGUAAAAAAUAAAUAUGAGGUAGCUAUUUAUCAUAUGCUUAAUAAAGAUAAGCUACAAGAUUUGGAAGAAGAAUAUGAUAAGCAUGAAGAAGUUACAAAAAAUUUAAAAAUGAAUUAAUAAUAUAAAGAAUAUAAGUAAAAGUUAGAAAAAAACCUUGAAAAUGCUGAGCAAAAAAUGCUUGCUAGAGUUCCUAUCAUAAGAGAAUAUUCUUCUAUAUAAGAUACUAUAAGAAGUGAGAAAGGAGAUGAUGAAGAUGAUGAAAUAUGA